AUGCCUAAAAGGGCAAACCCUGCAUUCUUCAAACCUCCGCCAGAGACAUUUUCAAUGUUUGAUGACCUCGUCGAAGACGAUGACGACCGGAUAGAGGAGGAGUCUGAAGCGAAUCAAAAACCAGUUGUAUCAUCGACGCGUUCGCAUAACCAAGGAUUCAGAAAUCUUUUCGCGGAACUGUUCAAGCCUCGACGUGAUUCGGAGUAUUCGGGAACUCGCGACGAUUUCCAUGUACGAAACGGACAUGGGGCAGUUGAACAGACCCGGAAAAAGGAUAAUGAUGAAGAAGGCGAUGAUGAUGAGCCAGCGGUGUUCUUGAACAAAUCCAGACGCUUACCUACGCUGACAGAAAAAGGGAGACGUCUUCCGAAGUAUUUAAGAAACCCGACACGGCGAUCUUCAUAUUCUCUUCCAGUUGCUAUGAAUGUUUUUCAGUCAACAGCUAGGCAGCGAAAAAGAAUCGAGCAAUUGCAACGCCUGGUGAAUACUGAGGCAGAAGUUUGCAAGUAUCUUGAAGAGUUUCCGACUGAUACAGUGCUCUGUGGCAAACUUCUUCAUAUUCAAGCUUUCAAAGGCAGGCUUGAAGGAGGGGAAGACGAAGUUCUGAGCGGUGGCGAGGUCAAGCUUCUGCAUGAGACUAGCAGGUUGCUUGAGAGACGACGGAUUGCGAAUCAGGAGAAAGCGUUCUUGAGAGAGGCUCAAGAGAAGAUACGUUCCCGAGGAGGAGGGGGAGGAGGAUCCAAGAACGUGAAGAGGAAAAACUUUAAGCGCGAAGAAACGGUGGUUCGAUCUUCUUCCAACCCUUCGUCUAGUCUAGUGCGGAAGAGGUCAUACUCGCCACCUCUUCAUCCGACUACUAGUGGGAAAACGGUUUGCCAGGAUUCAAAACGACAGAAAUUUGUUAGUGACGAUGUGGAUGACGACAAUGACGAUGAGGAAGAAGAACACCGGGCGUAUGGUGGUAAGACAAUUGGCCACGUGGAAGCAUUCAAAGUCGAACACUAUGACGUUCACGCAGUACUCCAGGAACAGGAGGACGGCGAGGAAGGGAAUGGCAAAAAUGACGAGGAAAGUGAGGAGAGCGAUGAUAGCGAUGGGAGCAGUGGUGACGAGACUGAUUCUGAUGGGGUAUGA